AUGGCGGGAGCUGCCGCCGUCGCUCUUGCUGCGGCCAGGUCCACGGCCGAGGGCGAGGAGCCUACCACCGUCCGCAGGCCGAGGCAGCCCUGGACAGCGGGAGGCCACGCCAUCGUGGAGAGGGCCAUCGCUGGGCCAGGGACCGACGGUUCCACGAUGGUCCACUGCGUGAAGUGCUACGCCUCUGCCCACCAGCGCAUGCAGGGCAUCCCCGGGCCUUGCGGAAACGGAGCUGGGCGUGAGCCGCAUAUAGAAAGGAUUCGAAGGGGCGUGCCCCCCAACGUGAAGGGAGGCCGCGAUGCAUGGCGCCUCAGCGAGCAGUUUUUUCGUUCCGAAGUCUGGCUUUCCAAGCUCAGUGCCAGGCUGCAGCCUUCCGCCAACCCCGAGGCCAGCGGGGCCGCGGGUAGCGGGCAGGCAGGCCCUGUUUUCGUCUUUCCAGAGAGCGCGCCCGUGGGCGCUUCGGAGUUGCGCCAGGGCAAGAGCCUGACUUCCUUGCCUGGUUACUACCAUGCUGGCAUAGAGAUGUGGUUCCCAAGCGGGGACUACUCUCUCGGCCUCAUGUGUGGUUUCAGGGAGUGCCUGGGCGCCCCGCUCUUCGAGGACAGGUCGUGCAGCAACGGCGUGACCGGGCCGGCGCCGGAGCGCGUGUACCAGCACCACGGGUACUUCGAGGCCCCAGGGGCGGGGGCGUGGGGCUGCCUCUCUCCCCUGGGGAGUGACGUGACGGUCAGGAGGAGCGCAGAGGUCACGGGGGAGGGCAAGCUGGCAGGGCGCGGCGUGGACGUGUGUCUUUCCUGGUCCCCGCCCUCGGCGUUCGAGCCCCGCGAGCACCUGCUCCUCGCCUCGAUCGUUGCCGCGAGCCAGAAGCUGGUGGCCGACGACGGCAAGCUGGACAUACAGAGCAAGGCCGGCUACGAGGCCUGCCAGAGGCUGCUCGGCGCCCUGGACGCCCUGAGCCACGUCCUCCGCCUGGAGCCCGCGCCCCGAGGGUACCGCGCCGGGUUCGCGAGCAACUACAGGGCCCUCUUCGCUGGCGACGGCCGGAGCUACCGCGCCGAGAUCCUGCAGGCGGCCAUGACGCUGACGCCGACGAUCUGGUCCAACGGCGAGUUUGUGCAGCUCAGCGAGGGGCUGGUGCAGCGCGCGAGCGCGCUGCAUGAGGCCUGGCUCAGCCUGGAGCACGCCCUGCACGUCUACGACUGCUGCGCCUGCCCCCUUCGGGCCGCCCCGGGCGCACCCUGCAUGUCAAGAAGACAGGCCGACGCGGACGUGCGCGGCGACCUCUGCCGCGCGCUCCUGGCCCUGGACGCCGCGUGGGCGGGCUUCGAGGAGGCCUACGUGACCGAGCUGCUGGGGGUGCAGCAGCAGGCCCGGGCCAUGGUCGCCGAGGCCGCCGAGCUGGAACGCAAGCUCCGCUCCCUGGAGCGCGCGGGGGGCACCGCCGGCCCGCGGGUGCGGGCGCGCCAGCGGGCCGAGGCGAGGCUGGUGGAGGCGCUCGGGCGCCUGCACGCGAGCGCGGGGGCGAAGGAUGCAAGCCGCCGCGCGGCCCUAGCGCCGGAGGCCCUCGACGCCGCGCGGUCGGCGCUCGACGCCGUUCGCGGCGCAGCUCGUGACGGUGGGCGGUCCGACCCCGCCCAGGUGCUGGCGGAGCGCGUUGUGGGUUCCUACCGGGACCUCCGCUCGUUCCUGCAGGGGCUGCGCCACCGCAUGGGCGAGGUGCACCCCCAGCUCUGCAAGAACGCGGGGCUCGUGGACAGGCUAGCCCGGUGGGAGGAGAGCUGGCGGCUCUGGGGGCGCUACUGCGACAGCCCAGAGCUGCUCGCCGCGGUGCGCAGCCUCGCCCGCUUCCUCCAGGACUGCGCGGGGGUCGCCCCAGAGCUGCUGCGCAUGUGCGAGGGCUACGACGCGGACCUCUUCCUCGUGCUGCCCAGGCUCGCGACCCUGUGCCUCCUCUCGGACCCUGCCGGCCCGGCGGCGGCGCUCGCGGCGGGGCUGCUGCCCGCCCUGCGUACGUGCGGCCGCGGGGGCGCCGCGGGCGAGCAGGCGCCAGGAGCCGCCGCGCUGCCGGGCAGGCUCCAGGCGGGCGCCGCGGCACUGCGGCUCGCCCUGCGGGGGGGCUCGCCCGCUGCCACGGCUGGCGACGACGCCGAGGCCCGCUGGGGGGGGGGGCAGGAUCGAGGGUCGAGGGGCCCGGCGACGCAGAGUCCGCGGAGCUCGGCCCGGCCGCGGCGGGCGUGGAGCCCCUCAUGA